AACUUUGCCAAAAACGACAGAGGAGCGUCUAUGUGAUUUUUUUUUCCAAUACUGGAUUUCUAAUGUACACACUGUAUAACAUGAUGUAGGAUUGAGCUGAAUGGCAGUUGUUUUUUUAAAAUGUAAAAUGGUAAUCACAUGUGUGCUAAUGCUAAUUGCGAAUGCUAACCAUUGAGUAAAGGCAGAUUUUUUUGUUGCCUCAAAUUUCAUACUGUACAUUCAGUACCAGUCAUUCCCUGCUAAGAAUUUUCUAUAGAACAUUUCUAAAGAAUUUCUAAAGAACUUUAGGACCCAAGUCCUACAGGAAUUCUAUUGUUCUGUAGAAAUUCUAUAGAGAAUCACAGCCAGAGUUCUAUAGAACAAGUUGUUCUGUACAAAUUCUAUAGAUUUCUAUAGAAUUUUUAUAGAAUUUUUUUUUUUUUAGCAGGGUUUGCAAUUCCAGACUAGUCGGAUAGUAUUUGUACUUCGUCAUGCACCACCAAUUUAUGCGUUACAUCAUUUUUUACAGGUCAGUUUUUUGAACAAAGUAGUGUCCUAGUGUGUCCAGAAAACGAUAGCUUGUUACGGGGGACGUGUGGCGGCGCCGCGGGGUGGGGGAGUGAAGUGACAGGACUGCGGCUCGAGGACAUCGUGUGAUAGCUUCACCCAAGUGGAGGAGCACCCAUGGGAGAGUGUGGGAGUGUUGGAAAAGAAAAGGACAGCGUGGGAUAGACUCCAAGAAGACAAAGCAGAAUAAUGCAGACAGAGAGCUGGUGGGAGGGAGAUGUCAAAGCGGGGAGAAAGCCAUCAAGUUACCGGUACCGAGUUCCUGUCCUGAGGGAAUGGUCAAAAACUCCAAUAAACACACUCCUGAACCUUGCGAAAAGUCUUCCCCGAAGACCUUAAGCUUCUAUAAGUGCAGCGGGUCUGCUUCAAACCCAACGGAUUAAGAAUGAGAAGUCUCUAAAAUCCAUAUUUGGGUCAAGACAGGCGAGAGGCAGAAGCAUCCCACCCCGACGGCGCCCGCCGCCGCAGACUCACCGAAGCAUCUCGCCCGUCCCUCAGACGUCACCGCGUCCUCAUCGCAUGCCGCUCCACGGACGCGUCGACUAAGACGGCGUGACGGCAGCGCGGCAGGUGUAUCUUGGAACUGUUCCACAUUUCCACCAUCUUUGUUUUUCCCCAGUCUGCUUGCAAAACGACGAUCAAGUUUUUAAUGGACUACCCAAGGGGGGGUCCUCGCAUACGUCUCGGAGCUGCUGGUGGCGGAGUUAGUCGCUGUCGGCAUGGGACGGACCGCUGAGAUUUGAUCGUCGGCGUGUGUCUCCCCCCGACUUCGGGACGUGAAAGUAACAAAAGGGAGGACAAAAAGACGCAUGUAGCCGGACCACGACCCUGCUGAGGUCGCUUGGAAAAAGGCUUGACGAUGGGUUGCGUCCGGAGCAAAGAGGACAAAGGCCCGGCGCUGAAGUACCGGCCGGAUAACGCCACCAACACUCCGGCCAACGCCCACCUGGGCCACUACGGUCCCGAGCCCACGCUGAUGGGUCAGUCGCCGGCGGUGAAGACGGUCAACAGCAGCUACAACAGCCCCGCCGCCGCGCUCACCCCUUUUGGGGGGGCGUCGUCCGCCAUGACGCCUUUCGGCGGCGCCUCCACCUCCUUCACGUCCGUGGCCGUGAGCAGUCCCUUCCCCGGCGUCGUCACAGGUGGCGUCACAUUCUUCGUGGCGCUGUAUGACUACGAAGCGAGAACGUCGGACGAUCUGUCGUUUAAGAAAGGCGAUCGCUUUCAAAUUAUCAACAACACGGAAGGCGACUGGUGGGAGGCUCGUUCCAUCAACACGGGACAGAAGGGUUACAUCCCCAGCAACUACGUGGCCCCCGCCGACUCCAUACAAGCUGAAGAAUGGUAUUUUGGCAAAAUGGGCCGCAAAGACGCAGAGAGGCUUUUAUUAAUUCCAGGCAACCAGCGAGGUACUUUUUUGGCACGAGAGAGUGAAACAACCAAAGGUGCCUAUUCUCUAUCUAUCCGUGACUGGGAUGAAGUCAAGGGAGACAAUGUGAAACACUACAAAAUCCGAAAGCUGGACAACGGGGGUUAUUACAUUACAACUCGGGCCCAAUUUGAGACGCUACAGAAGCUGGUGAAACACUACACAGAACACGCCGACGGUUUGUGCUACAGGCUGACGACGGUUUGCCCCACGGUGAAGCCACAAACUCAGGGACUGGCCAAGGACGCGUGGGAGAUCCCCCGAGACUCCCUGCGACUGGAGGUCAAGCUGGGCCAGGGCUGCUUCGGCGAGGUCUGGAUGGGUACAUGGAAUGGUACAACCAAGGUGGCCAUCAAGACCCUGAAACCCGGCACCAUGUCUCCGGAGGCGUUCCUGCAGGAGGCCCAAAUCAUGAAGAAGCUGCGACACGACAAGCUGGUGCCUCUCUACGCCGUGGUGUCCGAAGAGCCUAUCUACAUUGUGACCGAGUUCAUGGGCAAAGGGAGUCUGCUGGACUUCUUGAAGGAGGGAGACGGCAAAUACCUGAAGCUGCCCCAGCUGGUGGACAUGGCCGCACAGAUUGCGGACGGCAUGGCCUUCAUCGAGCGGAUGAAUUACAUCCACAGGGACCUGCGUGCCGCCAACAUCCUGGUCGCCGACAACCUGGUGUGCAAGAUAGCCGACUUCGGCCUGGCGCGGCUCAUCGAGGACAACGAGUACACGGCCAGGCAGGGUGCUAAAUUCCCCAUCAAGUGGACGGCGCCGGAAGCGGCUCUGUACGGCCGUUUUACGAUCAAGUCAGACGUGUGGUCCUUUGGUAUACUACUGACUGAACUGGUCACCAAAGGCCGAGUGCCCUACCCAGGUAUGGUGAACCGCGAGGUUCUGGAGCAGGUGGAGCGCGGCUACCGCAUGCCGUGCCCCCAGGGCUGCCCCGACUCCUUGCACGAAAUGAUGCGCCAUUGCUGGAAGAAGGAGGCCGACGAGAGGCCCACCUUCGAGUACAUCCAGUCCUUCCUGGAGGACUACUUCACGGCCACAGAGCCCCAGUACCAGCCCGGGGACAACCUGUAGGCUCAGG